AUGCUCUUGGGUCCCUCAAAACCGCCUCAGAUAUCUAUUGUUCCGCUAUUAAAAAAUGGAGAAAAUAACACAUCCCCGUCAGCCGAAGAGGCAUUACAAACGCUGCAUUUGCCAUACUCUAAUUGUAUGGUAGUUUUGACCACUAAACAGAUUCUAGUUUACAACUACAAACCUCUGGCUUUGGUAUCGUCGUUUGUGCGUAGCAACUACUCGCUUGAAAAAUAUGGUGAAAACAAGAGACUUUACGCGGAUGCGGUGGAUAAAGAUAUGUUUCGAGACUUAUCACCGGAGGCUGACAUCAAAUUCCUGACAACAAGCAGCAGUAAAGUUACCUUUUACGUGACAUCCUCAAUGAACUUUGUAUUUGUGUUUGAGAUACUGUUGAGUUUGGGUCCAGUCAGCUUAUACAAGGAAACUGGAUUGCCCAUCUUGGACAUGAAUAAGGUAGACCACGAUUUCGGACAAGAAAUGAUGAAUAACACAGAAGAUGACGAGACGUUGACUGUGUUUGACAGAACAGAAUCUACUAAGAUAAUUCAGAAUGGAUAUGCCGUGGACAAACAGCAAGGAUUUCUGCAUUUCUUGACGAGAUCCGCUGACACCCUCGACGAAAUUCCAAUUAAGAAGGUGGAACUACGUCUUCAGGUAAUGUUCAGUUUCGGCCGCUCUAUAAUUGAUCUAGCCGGGUUUUGUGAUACUACAACGAGAGGAGAAUCGAAGAGGCAACAAUAUAUGAUGAUUUUGUUUCCCAACAGCGUGCAUAUUCUGUUCCUUCAAAACUUCCAGAUGAAAGACAACAUCUUGAUCGACGUGUCAGAUGGAUAUCGCUUAUUACAAUGCCAGGGUAAACCGUGUGUUGUGUCUGUCGAUGCACAAUCAAAAAUUUCAUUAACGGAACUCGACCUUGUAGGUAAAAAGGGUAUUCAUAGACAAUUCAGCUAUGAAGCAUCAGGCCCACUAGUUGACAUUUUUGUCAACGACAACGUAUUAACUUUCGUAUUAGAGUUUUAUUUGUUACUCUACGACCUCAAUGCUGAUACAACGAUUAAACGGAUACGAUCGCAGACGAGUCUAAUAUGCGGCGGUCUGAUAAAUCAUGAAAAUAGUAUCUUGUUCACCAAAAACGGUUUCAAAAUGUUCACCAAGUGGGGUAACUGUAUUGUUUCUACGUUUGACGAUGAUGACGAUACUGAAAGAAGCAGCGAAUCUGCAGGGCCUUCAGGCUUUACUUCCAUUGACGGGUCUAUUGUUACAACUUCAUUCGAUGGUAAACUUAGCAAGUGGGACAUAUGGUCCAAAAUUGUGACACCUUUUAAUAACUUUAGGACUUCCACGCCUCUGAUUUUACAAACUGAAAACAACGAUCUGAUGCUUUUCGCACCAACAUCCGACUCUGCGGGAAAUGUACCUUUUCAAGUGCUCAAACUGCCCUCCCAAACGAUAAAUAACUAUGUUCCUUUGGUGAGAACGAAUGGAUCAAUAACAAUGCUUGCCGCUUUUGUUUCCAACAAGAACAUUUUGCUGAUAUGUAACAUGCUCACCAACAUAUGGCUCAGCUUUAUGGACUUGAAUUUAAUUGAGAUACAAUGGCUAGGAGAUGAAUACCUAUUCUGCCAUUCGCUGGGCGAAGACAUGAAGCAGUGGUUGCGGUGCUACCAUUUCCCAAUAGAAGGAGGUACAGCUUCGGACUUAUCAGAAUUGCUCAUUUGGGAGUAUGCCGUUUCUUCUAAGAUAGACAUAAGAAGCAUCCACGCAAACACCUUGUCCAGUUACAAGCUUUUGAAAGUAAAGUCGAAAAGCGCAGAGAGUGAAAAGUUACAAAACCUGUUCAAAACUGCCGAAGUGUUGAUCCAGGACGACCAAGGUAGCUUGCGAACCAUUGACAUUAUAUCCAAAAUUGGGCCCGGUGACAAUAUUGAAAUCAAGGUGUUUCAUCAGCAUCCCGCCGAGAAAGUUCUUGUUCAAAAGGAAAGAAAAUGCCACUGGAUAAUGAGCCACAAUGGAGGGUAUUUUGUGAAUCAAGGAGAUGAAAUUUUAAAACUCGAAAAGGCUGAAGAAGGAGUUUGGAAAACGUCUGUGUUACUGGAUAGGAUAGAGCGAAUUUUGGACGUGAUAGACGCUGGAGUUUACGCUGUCCAAGAGAACAAAGUUGUGGUUUACAAUAUUGAGGAGCUGUGGAAUAGUAAAGAUCCGGUUGCGGUUGUGGAAAUUUCCGAAGGUGAUUAUCCCGUAGUAAUAUCACCAGAGGCUGCGAUAAUUCACAGCGUUCAGUUUGUCUUCUCCAACGAGUGUUCGAAGAUAAUCCCCAGACAAGCGAUUUACCUAGACCAAGUUAUAGACCAUCAUCUGGCCACCGGCACGAGCUACCAGAGCAUCGACUCACGCUACCGCUCUUUACAGCAUUACAAAUUCAGUUUAGAGAAAAUAUUGUCCGGAAAAGUGCUUACCAACGAGCCGCUAUCGGACAUUGUCAGUCUCAUCAACUUCUAUGACCAAGGUCCCAAGCAUAGCGGCAGGCUAGAGAUUAUCAGCAACUGUUUGCGUAAGAUCGAAGUGGAGCAUUGGGACUUUCUGUUCCAAAAACUGGACUUGUCUCCGCGCGACCUGCUACUGCAAUGCAUCGAGCACGACGAAGCUCGUGUUCUUGGUAUUUUGCUGAUGGUUUUCCUGAACUACGAUGGAAGUAAGAAAACCGAAGAUCUGCGGCCGGAUCAAAAUGACACCUCACCUCAAACCCAAACGGAGCCAGGCUCUAUAACCACGAUUCUGAAUGAUGACGAGCUGAUGCUGCAAGUCUUGCGUGUGCUCGUGAACACUGCCUCUUCGUCGUCCGACCGCGAUGAAGCUCGUGAGUUUUGGGACAUGAGUUUUCAGCUCGCGCGUUUCAUUCAGGCUCUAGACAAAGAAAAUAAAACCUCGUUGGUACAACGCGCUGUUCAAAUCUUAAGCUGA